AUGUCUGCAGCCGUCGCUAAAGGGUCCAAGUCUGGACCAACUGUUGCUGCCUCCAAGCUUACUAUCAAGGAUAUGAUCAAAUCAGCCUUGGUCACCUUGAAAGAAAGAAACGGUUCUUCUCGUCAAAGCUUGAAGAAAUACGUCCAAUCUAAUUACGACAUUAAAUCAAAGAACUUUGACUCAUUAUUCAAUACUGCUAUUAGAAAGGGUUUAGAAACCGGUGAAUUCAACCAACCAAAAGGUCCUUCUGGUCCUGUUAAAUUGGUUAAGAAAUUAAGUGCUCCUGCUGCCACUGAAUCUGAUAAAGUUUCUAAACCAAAGAAGGCUGCUCCUCCAAAGAAAGCUGCUGUUGAAAAAGCUGUAGCUGCUAAAAAGGCUUCUACUGAAAAGCCAACAACAAAGAAGGCAACUACUGAGAAGGCUGCUCCCAAAAAGGCGACUGCUACUGCUUCUAAGAAAGCCACUACUUCUAAAACAACUGCUUCUAAGGCUGCUCCAAAGAAAGUUACCAAGAAAGCUGCUGCUCCAGUUAAGAAGGCUACUACGACUACUAAGAAGGCUCCAGCUAAGAAGACGGGUACUACUGCUAAAAAGGCUGCUGCUCCUAAGAAGUCUACUACUACUAAAAAGACUGCUAAGAAAUAG